AUGAACUUAGCGGCCCUGCGGGGCCGUGGUUCUGGUUCAGGCUCGCUGGGGCUCUACUUCUCCAGGGACGCUUACUGGGAGAAGCUGCACGUGGGCCUGCCGGGGGGCACGCCGCUCCUGUUCGUGCAUGCCCUGCGGGACCUGCCCGAGGAGGUGCCCGGCUUCCGGCUGGGCCGGCACCUGUAUGGAGUCUACCACACACGCCUGCAGGAGAACACGUGGAUCCGCCUGCAGGAGGACACGGGCCUCCUCUACCUGAACCAGAGCCUGGACCACGGCACCUGGGAGAGGCUCCGAGUCCGCAGUGGAGGCUACCCCCAGCUCACAGUCUACCUGCAGGUCUUCCUGUCCUCGGCCCCGCUCCGUGGGAGCGAGUGUCAGUGGCCCGGCUGUGCCCGGGUCUAUUUUGUGGUCAGCAACACCUCCUUCCCAGCCUGCAGCUCCCUCAAGGCGCGGGAGCUCUGCUUCCCGGAGUCCGGCCUCUCCUUCCGAAUCCGUGAGAACAGGCCUCCGGGCACCUUCCACCAGUUCCGCCUGCUGCCCGUGCAGGCCCUGUGCCCCAAUGUCAGCGUGGCCUACCGGCUCCUGGGGGGUGACACCUGGCCCUUCCGCUGCGCCCCCGACAGCCUGGAGGUGAGCACACGCUGGGCCCUGGACCGCGAGGUGCGGGAGAAGUACCAGAUGGUGGCCCAGUGCACCGUGCGCCUGGGCUCCCGGGAGCAGGAGGUGAUGGUGCCCUUCCCCGUGACCGUCUAUGACGAGGACGACUCUGCUCCCACCCCCCUCGGCAGCCCAGACCACACAGGAGCUGUGGUGCGCUUCCAACGCAAGGAGGGCACCGUGGUGGCCACGCUCCACGUCCACGACGCUGACGUGGUGCCCGCGUCUGCGGAGCUUCUGAGGCUGUACACCGGCACCCUGCUGCCUGGGGACCCCUGGACCCAGCAGACCUUCCGCGUGGAGCACACCCCCAGCGAGACCCCCAUCCGGGUCAACGGCAGCUUCGUGCGGACGACUGUGCACGAGUUCAGGCUGGUGCUCAACCGCAGCCUCCCCAUCUCCGAAAGCCGCGACCUGCAGCUGGCCGUGCUGGUCAACGACUCCGACUUCCAGGGCCCGGGGGAGGGCGCCGUCCUGCUGCACGUCAACGUCUCGGUGCUGCCCGUCACGCUGCAGCUGCCCGGCGCCUACGCCUUCACCGUGAGCAGACGGGCCCGCCGCUUUGCCCAGGUGGGCAGAGUCUGUGUGGAGCACUGCCGGCAGUUCAGCGGGAUCCACGUGCAGUACCGGCUGCAGCUGUCCGGCGCCACCAACUGCAGCGCCCUGGGGGUGGUCACCUCGCCGGAGGACACCUCGGGGAUCCUGUUCGUGAACGACACGGAGGCCCUGCGGCGGCCAGAGUGCGCCCAGCUCCGGUACACGGUGGUGGCCGUUGACCGUCCCACCCGCAGGCAGUCUCAGGCCUCGCUGCUUGUGGCCCUGGAGGGGACAGAUGUGGCUGAGGAUCUGAGCUGCCCCCUGUCCUGCGCGGCGAGCAAGAGGAGGAGCAGGUGUGAGGACUGCGGCGGCCUGGGCUCUCCGGCAGGCAGGUGCCAGUGGAGGCAGGGAGACGGCAAAGGAAUCUCCAGAAACUUCUCCACCUGCUCUCCCAGCAUCAAGACCUGCCCCAAUGGCCACUGUGACGCCGUGGAGAGCAAAGACGCCAGCAUCUGCCCUCAGGACUGCCUCCGGGGCAGCAUCAUCGGUGGCCAUGAGCCCGGUGAGCGCCGGGGGAUCAAAGCUGGCUUCGGCACCUGCAGCUGCUUCCCAGAUAAGAAGAAGUGCUUCUGUGAGCAGGAAGACAGCCAGGACGCCCUGUGUGACGAGCUCUGCCGGACGGUCGUCGCGGCGGCCGUGCUCUUCUCCUUCGUCGUGUCCGUGCUGCUGUCCACCUUCUGCGUCCACCGCUACCACAGGGGCGCCCACAAGCCGCCCAUCGCCUCGGCCGAGAUGACCUUCCGCCGGCCGGCCCAGCCCUUCCCCGUCAGCUACGCCUCGCCGGGCGCCCGCCGGCCCUCGCUGGACUCCCUGGAGAACCAGGUCUCCGUGGACGCCUUCAAAAUCCCGGAGGACCCCAAGUGGGAGUUCCCUCGGAAGAACCUGAUUCUCGGGAAGACUCUGGGGGAAGGCGAGUUUGGGAAGGUGGUUCAGGCGACCGCCUUCCGGCUCAAGGGCAAAGCCGGUCACUCCACGGUCGCCGUGAAGAUGCUGAAAGAGAACGCCUCGCCCAGUGAGCUGCGCGACCUACUGUCGGAGUUCAACCUCCUGAAGCAGGUCAGCCACCCCCAGGUCAUCAAGCUGUACGGGGCCUGCAGCCAGGACGGCCCGCUGCUGCUCAUCGUGGAGUAUGCCAAGUACGGCUCGCUGCGCGGCUUCCUCAGAGAGAGCCGCAAGGCGGGUCCCGGCUACGUGGGACACCGCGGCAGCCGCAGCCCCAGCUACCUGGACCGCCCUGACGAGCGGGCGCUGACCAUGGGGGACCUCAUCUCCUUCUCCUGGCAGAUCUCCCGAGGCAUGCAGUACCUGGCAGAGAUGAAGCUCGUCCACCGGGACCUGGCAGCCAGAAAUGUCCUCGUGGCUGAGGGCCGCAAGAUGAAGAUUUCCGACUUCGGGCUCUCCCGAGAUGUUUACGAAGAGGACUCCUACGUGAAGAGAAGCAAGGGCCGGAUCCCAGUGAAGUGGAUGGCGAUCGAGUCCCUUUUCGAUCAUGUCUACACCACCCAAAGUGACGUGUGGUCCUUCGGUGUCCUGCUGUGGGAGAUCGUGACCCUGGGGGGCAACCCCUACCCUGGGAUCCCCCCGGAGAGACUCUUCAACCUGCUCAAGACAGGAUACCGCAUGGAGCGGCCGGAAAACUGCAGCGAAGAGAUGUACGGGCUGAUGCUGCAGUGCUGGAAGCAGGAGCCGGACAAGAGGCCCGUGUUUGCCGACAUCAGCAGAGACCUGGAGAAGAUGAUGGUGAAAAGCAGAGACUACUUGGACCUGGCUGCGUCCACGCCGUCCGACUCCCUGCUUUACGACGACGGCCUCUCGGAAGAGGAGACGCCCCUGGUGGACUGUACUAACGCUCCCCUCCCUCGAGCCCUCCCUUCCACGUGGAUUGAAAACAAGCUCUAUGGUAGAAUUUCACAUGCGUUCACUCGGUUCUAGCCACGCCCCUGUGCGCCCUCCUCACUCCGCUGUGACUCCGUGGGGAGAGUUUCUGGUCUGAAUGAAACCAAAGUCUUCCCUGAACCUUUUCCUUUGUAAACGUUUGAAUUUGCAUCUGGUUACAUUCAGGCAUUUCUAUGACUCCGCUUUUGUUCUAAAGGAUGUGAAAAUAAGUAUUAUUAUACUGCCCGGCGAUUUAAGGUGGUAGAGAGCAGGGCAGAACUCUCAGGGGACAUUGGGGAAUGUUAGCGGGAUGUUACGGGGGGCGGGGGGGUCCCUAGCUACAGUUCUUGUGAUUUGACUCGUGUGGUAAAUUGGCUGGAGCUGGGAAGGAGCUUGGCUUGGAAAGAAGGUGCACGGGAAGCAUAUCCAGGGCCCUCUGGGUGCUGUCCAGGCAAGUACGUGGCUCUCAGAGGCCACCAGUGCGGGGGGACCUGGGCCUGGGCCCUCGACACGUGUCCGCUGUUUGGGACACAGUCACCGACGGCUGUCCCCACACCCUUUGUGCUGUGCCCUGUCGUGACGGUCGCCACCUGUGAAGUCGGUGCUGAGAGCUGAAGCCGAUGCGGUUGGACAGAACGUAGUCUGUGCUUCAUGCGGUUGCGGCGGACAGUAAAUACGGCUCUUGCCAAAACUCCUUCUUUUGUCUUCAAUUAAAUACUUGAAUUUUU